CUCUUCCAUCAUGAAAGCACUAAUAAUCCCUGCAAUAUUCAUCGGAUGUGUUUUUAUUAUCGCGGUACAUUCGAAAGCGGAUUUUACGAAUAUAAAAUGCAUUGAUUUCGAUAAGACUAUGAUGUACUUCGAUAUCUGUUUGCUGAAAGCUGUUAAUCGCACCUACAAAUACUUCACCAUACGAGCGCAAUUUCCAAGGCAUGAGCCUAUCAAUAAUAUUACGGUAAAUUUUGCUGUGCACCGAAAGGUAAAUGGGUAUAAGCCUUUUUUAUACAACAUAACAUUUGAUGCCUGCGAAUAUUUAGAAAAGCGAAACAAUCCAGUGAUUCGAUUUGCUCACAAGUUUUUUGAGAAAUAUUCAACUUUGAAUAAGACUUGUCCCUAUGGCGAGAGCUACGAAUUGGUGGACAAAGUUCCACUUAGUUACGUGAUCCAUUUGUUGACGGAUGUACUUCCAUUCCCACAUGGAGAUUACGCCUAUUCACUGGUAUUUUAUUACUACAAGAAAAAGGCGGGUAUUGUAACAGUUUAUAUGACACUCUCCUGA